AUGUUCUCUGCCACUCGUGCCCUCCGGCAGGCCGCUAUCCACGCCGAGCGAACUCCCCUCAUCAAGUUCCUCGGUCCUCGAACCAUUCCUUCCAACGUCGACCACACCCCCAGGCCCCACCCCGCCUCUGGAGUCGAGAAGCUCCCCGAGUCUUGGUCCGGCUACGGAAACGGCGAUGCAGCUGCGUCCCACAAGAACUUCAGCUCCUACCGCGACCACGUUCAGCAGCACGGUCCUCUUCAGAAGUCUGGCUUUGGUGGCAGCAGCGCAGCCUCUCUGGGCUCUGUCAACGCACCUCGGGGUGUUGCCUUCGACGUUUCCGAGCUCCCUGCUCGCUUCCACCGUGCUCCCCUCAAUGCUGCUGAGAUCGAGGCUGUCGAGUCUGGCGGCGCUGCUCUCUUCGGUUAA